AUGAGCCGCUCGUUCACAAACUCCGCCCUCAAGCGGAAAAGGCCCGACUCACUACCACCAGGCCAGGCGGACGCCGAGCAAGCCAUCCUCGACGUGAUCAAAAGCAAGAAAGACUCGGGCAUUUGGACGCGAGACAUCAAGUUCGAGACGAAGAUUGCAGACAACCUCGUCAACAAAUCCAUAAAAUCCCUGCUGGCCAAGAAGCUGAUAAAAGAAGUGGUCAACAUUCAGAACAAAGGGAAGAAGCACUACAUGGGAGUCGAAUUCGAGCCUUCAAAAGAGCUCAGCGGCGGCGAUUUUUACGCCAAUGGGGCGCUUGACGAAGCCCUCAUAGACGUGCUAAGGAAGGUGAGCUACCGAUACAUUAGCAUUCAGAAGGUGGGGACAGUGGAUGGGGCCCACGGCUAUCUUUUGAAAAAUCGGGUUGUCAAUUUCAGUAUCUCUCCCGAGCAAGUCGGGGAGAUACUGAACUCGAUGGUUCUUGACAAUGAGAUAAUAGAGGUGAAGAGCACCGGUUAUGGGGAUUACUACUCGAUUCCUAUUGGGGCGACUUGUUAUAGGGUGGCGGGUGGUGGUGGGGCCCACAAGGGCCCGAGGUUGGGCGCGUUUGCUUCGAUGCCGUGUGGGGUGUGCCCGAGGAUAAGUAUGUGCUCGAGUGAUGGGGAGAUCUCGCCGAGCACGUGCGUGUAUUACAACAAGUGGUUAAGCAUUGAGUUUUGA